AUGCUAGCCGACGGAAAGAUCGACUCGCUAGAUACGCAUCUGGAGCAGUUCAAACUUAAUGAUCAGGCCAGGCAAAAUGAUCUCACAAACCUCCUGAGAGAGUAUGGGCAACUACUCGAUGACUACAAAGACCUAAAAAGAGCCUAUGAACAGAAAGGCAACAGCACUAUCUCUGCGCCUCCAGGUAUACCUAUACCAACCAUAGCUGCGGCAACAACGGCUCGCAACCCAUACGUUUUGGUAUUAAUAGACGGCAACAACUACAUCUUCAAUGAUGAAUUUAUUCGCGACAAAGAAGAGGGCGGAAUGCGCGCUGCUCGUAUGCUGAACGACGCCAUAGAGAAAUACCUCCAACAAAGCGUUUCCCAAGCCCGAACGGCUCGCAUACAUGUCAAGAUCUACGCAGACUUGACGAAUCUGUCUAAGCAACUUGCAAGGUCCAAACUCGUCGGUUUGGAAAAACGAUCCUUGUCUCCUUUCUCCGCUGCAUUCACCCGAGCCAUCAGCCUCUUCGACUUCGUUGAUGCUCUAGAUGAAGAAGGCACCAAAUUCAAGAUCAGGGAACAUUUCAAGAUCGCCUCCGAAGAUACUGCGUGCAGCCAUAUCCUGUACGCUGCCUGCCAUGAUCCGGCUUAUCUAUCUCAACUCGUGCCCUUCAGCGGUGUACGAGAUAAGAUUACCCUUGUCCAAGGCGCUGGAUGGAACUCAGAGUUCCACCAGUUCAACUUGAAUGUCACACAAUUCCCGACUGUAUUUAGAUGGUCCGAACUUCCCGUUGCUGUACCUACAACCAAAGGCGGUCCAGCUACACUAUCCAAACAAAAGGCACUAGCCGCAGUACAGAAACCAAUACUCACUUCCGGAACGCCAACUCCGCGCAAAGAAUCGUGGAGGCGAGACGACUCGUUCAGCAUGAGCGACUCUGCAUUCGGCGAUCUAUCCCCGGUAGAAUCCAACAGUUUCUUCGAACAAGAACGAGUAGGCUGGGAAGACCGCUCCGCAUACACCCAAACAGCCAAGAACCCCUCGAAACCAGAAAACAACUCGCAGCUAUGCAAGUACUUCCAAAAAGGCAAUUGCCGCUUCGGCAACAAAUGCAACUUCCUCCACAUCCCCAAGACCCACUCCGACGCAAACGGCUCCGGUCCUUCCCAGCCCCCGAGAGGGCCCUCAGGAGCUCCGUAUCCGUCUCUACCCCUCUCCUCGCAACAACAGUCCUCCUCCCAAACUCCCCUCUCCGCCCUCCUCCCCGCCGCCCCAAUCCCAGGCUUCGUUCCCCUAAACACAUCCCAUCAACGUCUCGACCCCUCCCUCCGCUUGGAAAAUCUACAACGCGCGCUUCGCCAAAGCGAAACCCUGCAACACCUUCCACCUCCAACAGCGCUGCACCACUCCAAACUGUCCUUUCGAUCACAGCGAACUGGAGCCUGA